AGUUUUUUUUGGUUGCGUUACUUAUUUUAAAUAUGCUAUGCUAUGUUCGUCACCAGGGGUAUUAAUAUGAGACACUGUCCCUAACAUUGUAUACAUAACACGAACACGCCCUCUGCAAUUUUCGCCUUCUUCUCUCUCACUUUUUUCUCAAACCCUAUUCACCGAACAACGCAAUUUUUUUUUUUCAAGUUAACGUUCUGAGGAAGGUUCUUGCGACGAUGGGCAAGGCUUGCGAGCUUUGCAAUAACCAAGCUUCCCUCUAUUGUCCUGCCGAUUCCGCAUUUCUCUGCGGCGACUGCGACACCGCCGUGCACGCCGCCAACUUCCUCGUCGCUCGCCACUUCCGUCGCCGUAUCUGCGCCAAAUGCAAUCGUUCCACCGGAAUCUACAUCGCCGGCGCCACCUUUCCAUCCAUCUGCACCUCUUGCUCGCCGGAGAAGGCUCUUUCCGACGACGGCGAUUCUCUCCCUUCGUCCUCCACCUGCGUCUCGAGUUCCGAGUCCUGCGCCACGAAGAAGAUUAAGGCGACGCGCGGCGCGGCGGGGAAGAAAAGGAGGAGGAGUUUUUCGAGUUCGGUGACCGACGACGCGUCUCGGGAAGCGAAGAAGCAACGGGAGAAGGUCGGAUCGGUGGAGCAGGAGGAGGUGUUCGCAAAAUGGAGCAGAGAGAUAGGUUUAGGGUUUGGAAUAGGAGAGAACGGUAACCGCGUGGCGUCGCACGCUCUGAGCGUGUGCCUCGGAAAGUGGAAUUUGCUUCCGUUCAGGGUGGCCGCGGCGACGUCGUUUUGGCUGGGCCUGAGAUUUUGUGGGGACAGAAGUGUGGCCACGUGGCAGAAUCUGGCGAGGUUGGAGAAAAUCUCCGGAGUGCCAGCUAAGCUGAUUCUGGCCGCACAUGCAAACCUCGCACGUGUCUUGACGCUACCCCGCGAUUUGCACGAGGGAUGGGGCGAGUCAUAGCCAAUACAUGGAAUUAAAAUGGAUGAUGUUUGAGAAGAAAGGCAAAUGCGUGAGACCACAUGAUUGUUGUAAAGAAAAUGAAUGGUGAUGGAGGCACGUGUCUGACUGAGUUAGUAAAAAGAAAAAGCGGCAAUGGUAGGUGCCACUUGUUAUCGAAAGGGCAAUAUCUGAAUUGUGGAAGAAAUUUGAUGUUUGGUUUUGUCAAGGUUAUUGAUUCGGUUCUGAACAGGAACCAACAACCAUAAUUGAUGAUGUUGUAUCACUGAGACAGUAACUAGGAGUAGCGAGUUUGAAAACCACACGUCUGCUACGUUUCUGGUUUUGGUCCCAGCCGGUAAUAAUAAUGCACGUCAACAACCAGUGAAAAAGAAGCGGUUAAAAAAAGCCUCAAUCAAAUAUAUGUAUGUGAGGUCUAAACGUGCUUCUCAAAAGUGCCACAUGAGCUGGGUCGUCUAUGAGUAGCAAAGCACUUCGUUGUGGUUGCAGUUUAAAGUUAUUAUUGCAAGAAUCCUACUACCAAGAGAGAGAAGCAGUUGUUUUUUUAUUGUUGUUGUUGCGUUUUUAGAUUCUUUCUGCUCCAAUGGGCUUCAUUAUG